AUGUGGCCGGAGCAGCGGGGAAGGGCGGGCCGUGGGGUGUACGUACACCUGGGGACUGUGGGGUGGUUUUUCCCGGAUUACCUGCGGGCGAUUUGGCGCAUAAUUGGCCACCACUUUGGCAGCGAAGUUUCUGUGGAAUACCAAUUCUAUGAAAGUGUAGAAGCAGCUCAAGCUGCUGUUGCUGCUGGCGAGGCGGACAUGACGGACAUUUACUUCCUGCUGUCGCACCGCAACAGCAGCAGCAGCAGCAGCAGUGUGGCGCGCCAGCGGGGGGCCCCCAAGGGGGGCCCCCACAAAGGUGGGGCCCCCAUGGACCUCUCGAACCCUCUCUCGCUGCUGUACAUGAGCUGCCCCGUUGUGGGCGCAGUCUUGUUCACAUACACUCGAGAAGGUUCAAAGAACUCUUAUGAAGGACUUAUUGAGGCCUUUUCAAUUGCCCUAAUUAGAGGGGAAGGAGACGCAAAGACAACUGUAGUGGUCCCCACGGAAGAGCUCAAAGCCAUUGUGGGGCCAGUUCUCCCAGACUGGGUGACAGUGCAUGUCGUAGACAACAUGGCUGUGGCGCUGCGGGCGGUGGCCAGCGGCGAGGCCUACGCGGCCAUUUCUGUGGGGCCCUCGCCCAGCAGCGCAAUUCCCCCUGGGGUCACUUUGCGGGAUGGCAUUGACUUGGUUGCUGCUAAGGGCGCCUGGGUCCGCAGGAGCCGCAGCCCCAAGUGCCUCCGCAGGGAGCACAUCAACAGCUUCACCCGCUGA